AUGAUUAUUCCGAUCCGUUGUUUCACUUGUGGUAAAGUGAUCGGCAAUAAGUGGGAGCCGUAUCUCAAUCUACUUCAGGCCGAAUACACGGAA